AUGUCUACUACUACUACUACUACUACUACUACUACUACUACUACUACUACUACUACCACUACUACUACUACUACUACUACUACUACUACUACUACUACUACUACUACUACUACUACUACUACUACUACUACUACUACUACUACUACUACUACUACUACUACUACUACUACUAUUGUUCAUAAUAGUACUGGCAGUAAUUUUCGUUUUUUCAUCUUCCAAUGUUAUUUUUAA